CUCCAAAAAGGGUCAGAAAAGUCUGGUGGGAUCAAAAACACAAAAAGCCCACACAAAGGGGUAUCUCUGCAAAAAUCCCCCUUUUUACUUUUUGUUUUCUGUCAACACACUUUCGCUCAAUCAAUCACGUCUUCUUUCCUCUAAUGGCUUCACCUACUCAACUCUUCUUCAACCCAUACACUCUCUAAAACAACAACAAUACCUCCUCAUCCUAACCUCACCCCAGGAGGCACGCACAAAACCCCAAAAUAAACCCACAUGGCUCGUCGACACAUCAUCCCUCUCCUCAACCAGCUCACCUCCUCCACGCGCCUCCCUCUCACGCGCUCCGUCACCUACAUGCCACGACCGGGCGACGGCGCCCCACGCGCCGUGACCUUGAUCCCGGGUGACGGGGUGGGCCCACUGGUGACAAACGCGGUCGAACAGGUGAUGGAGGCCAUGCACGCGCCGGUGUUCUUCGAGAAGUACGAUGUACACGGGGACCUGAGCAAGGUCCCGCAGGAGGUGAUCGAGUCGAUUAAGAAAAACAAAGUGUGUCUGAAAGGUGGGCUUAGGACACCGGUGGGUGGUGGAGUCAGCUCGCUCAAUGUUCAGUUGAGGAAAGAGCUGGAUUUGUAUGCUUCGUUGGUCAACUGUUUCAACCUUCCUGGGCUUCCUACGAGGCACGAAAAUGUGGAUAUUGUUGUGAUUCGAGAGAACACUGAGGGUGAGUACUCGGGUCUCGAGCAUGAAGUUGUUCCUGGCGUUGUUGAAAGCCUCAAGGUGAUAACAAAGUUCUGCUCAGAACGUAUUGCAAAAUAUGCCUUUGAGUAUGCUUAUCUGAACAACAGAAAAACGGUGACAGCUGUGCACAAAGCCAACAUUAUGAAACUUGCAGAUGGUUUGUUUUUAGAAUCUUGUCGGGAGAUUGCAACAAAAUAUCCAAGUAUCAAGUACAAUGAGAUUAUUGUGGACAAUUGCUGCAUGCAACUUGUUUCGAAGCCUGAGCAAUUCGAUGUUAUGGUGACUCCUAAUCUUUAUGGAAAUCUAGUGGCAAAUACAGCAGCUGGUAUUGCUGGAGGCACUGGUGUCAUGCCAGGAGGCAAUGUGGGGGCUGAUCAUGCUGUGUUUGAGCAAGGUGCUUCAGCAGGAAACGUGGGAAAGGACAAGAUCGUACAACAAAAGAAGGCAAAUCCCGUAGCUUUGCUUCUGUCAUCAGCCAUGAUGCUUAGGCAUCUCCAGUUUCCUUCAUUUGCUGAUCGGCUUGAGACUGCAGUGAAGCGUGUAAUCUCCGAGGGCAAGUACCGAACAAAAGACCUUGGUGGAGACAGCAGCACCCAAGAGGUGGUUGAUGCUGUCAUUGCUAAUCUGGACUAGUUGAUUAGGACUCGCCACCAUAUUUCUCAGCCAUCACCUGCCUAUGUUGAUUCCCCCCAACCAUUCGCAUGGUUUGAUUUAUAUAUACAGUUUGUUCCGCAUACAACAUCCUGCUUAUCAGAAAGCGUGAGAGUUUUCUUCAUACAAUUUCUCAAUUUGAUGAAAGGUUGACAUUGUUUCUCCUUUCCUAUAAGGCCAUGUAGUCUGUUUUAACUCAAUUUUGUUUGUCUUCUGUAAUUUUACUCGCCAAGAUAUUUCACUUUGAAAUAAAAGAAAAGUGUGCAUUUCAGCA